AUGUCAGGCUACCCUGGACAGUACGGCUACGGCGGCGGCGGCGGCGGUCAUGAAGGAGGCUACGGUGGUGGAGGUUACGGCGGCGGCGGCGGGUACCAGCCUCCCUCCGGUCCGCCCCCCUCUCAUCACGGCGGCUACGGCGGAGGCUACAACCGGCCUCCUCCCGGUCCCCCGGACGGCUACGGCAACUACAGAGAAGCGCCGCCCAACCCCAACCCCGACAACAGCUACAUCGGCAGAUAUCCCGCUCCCUCUCACCCUCCUCCUCCCGGCCUCGAUGUCUACGGCUACCCUGUCAACCAGGGCCACCAGGGAAGACCACACAUGCCCACCGUCAACUCCAACGACUGGGCCCACGGAAACAGAGCCGCGCCCCCUCCCCCUCCCUCAGGAAUUCAGCAGUUCGGCCACGGCGCCCCCGAGGGCUACGGCUUCCAGUACUCCAACUGUCAGGGUAAGAGGAAAGCCCUCCUCAUCGGCAUCAACUACUUCGGUCAGGACGGCGAGCUGCGCGGCUGCAUCAACGACGUUAAGAACGUCUCCGCCUUCCUCGUCGAGCGCUAUGGCUACAACCGCGCCGACAUGGUUGUCCUCACCGACGACCAGCGCGAGCCCAUGGGCCAGCCCACCAAGCAGAACAUCCUGCGCGCCAUGCACUGGCUCGUCCAGGGCGCCCAGCCCAACGACUCGCUCUUCUUCCACUACUCGGGCCACGGCGGCCAGACCGAGGACAUCGACGGCGACGAGGAUGACGGCUAUGACGAGGUCAUCUACCCCAUCGACUUUAAGGAAGCCGGCCACAUCGUCGACGACGAGAUGCACCACAUCAUGGUCAAGCCGCUGCAGCCCGGUGUCCGCUUGACGGCCAUCUUCGACUCGUGCCACUCCGGCUCCGCCCUCGACCUGCCGUACAUAUACUCCACCAAGGGCGUCCUCAAGGAGCCCAACUUGGCCAAGGAGGCGGGCCAGGGUCUGCUCAACGCCUUCCAGGCCUACACCUCCGGAGACCUCGGCGGCGUCGCCAGCUCCAUCUUCAGCUUCGGCAAGCGCGCCAUCGCCGGCGACGACGCCUACGAGCGCACCAAGGAAACCCGUACCUCCCCUGCCGACGUCAUCAUGUGGUCCGGCAGCAAGGACAGUCAGACAUCAGCCGAUGCCAACAUCGCAAACCAGGCCACCGGCGCCAUGUCCUACGCCUUCAUCUCGGCCCUCAAGGCGAACCCUCAGCAGAGCUACGUCCAGCUGCUCAACAGCAUCCGUGAUGUGCUCGAGGAGAAGUACACCCAGCUGCCCCAGCUUUCCAGCAGUCACCCGAUUGACACCGAUAUCCUGUACGUGAUGUAA